AGGCGAGCCCCGCGGGGGCGGCCCGACCCGCGCGGCGGCGCGGGGCGCGGAUGGCUGGGGCGCUGCCGGGGCCGGGCGCGGAGCCCGACCCCGGCCCCGGCGGCUCGGAGCGCGGGGGGAGGAGAGCUCCCGGCGGCCGGCGGCGCUAGCGGGGGGGCCGGGGCGGCAGAGCCCUCCCCCUUGGCGCCGGGGUGCGCUCGGCGACAUGUGCUGAAGUGCCCCGCAGAAGCCGCACAAGUUGCCUGCGCGGCGCGGCUCUAGCGGCCGGACGGCGGGGAGCGCUCACCGCCGCCGGCUCCCGCCCGACCCCGUCCCGUCCCCCCGCCCGGGGGCCGCUCCCCGGCGGGGCUGCCGGCAGCCAGGGGUGAUGCGGAUCGCCGGGAAGUGAAAGGCGGCGCGGCGGCACGUCCUCCCCUCCCCGUCCGAGGGACCCCCUGCCUCGGAGCCCCCCAUGCCUUCGGGGCCCCCUCGGGGGGCGGCGGCCCCGCGGGAGGCGGGGGCGAGGCUGCCGUGAUGGCCCUGGAGGAGAAGCGGGAGAAGCGUCCGGCCGUCACCCCCAUGAUGAUCGAGGAGGAGGCCGCCCUGCGGAACGGCAGCCGGGGGCUGCCGCCGGGCCCCUGGGCCGAGGCGGCGGGGCCGAGACCCCCCACCACGGAGCGCCACAUCGCCGUGCACAAGCGCCUGGUGCUGGGCUUCGCCGUCUCCAUCCUGGCGCUGCUGGCGGUGACCAUGAUCGCCGUGCUGCUCAGCGUCCGCUUCGAGGAGUGCGGAACCGCCGCCGCCGCCGACGGCCCGCCGCGGGCCGGCGGCAACGGGAGCCUCCCGGGGGCGGCCCGGCGGCCGCCCGGUGCGGGGCAGCCCCCCAGCCGCCCUGAGGAGGAGGAGGAGGCGGCGGCGGCGCGGGGCGGGGAGGCGGCGGCGGAGGAAAAGGAGGAGGAGGAGGAGGAGGAGGAGGAGUGGCAGCGGCGGCGGGAGCUGCCGCCCUGGGCCCGGCCGCGGCUGCCGCGGCACCUGCGGCCGCUGCACUACAACCUGAUGCUGAGCGCCUUCAUGGAGAACUUCACCUUCAGCGGGGAGGUGAACGUGCAGCUGGAGGUGCGCAACGCCAGCCGCUACAUCGUGCUGCACGCCCACCGCAUGCACAUCGAGGCGGUCCGGGUGGCCGAGGACAAGCUGGCCGGCGGCGUGCAGGUGGCCCGCUCGUUCCUCUACCCCCAGACCCAGGUCUUCGUCGUCGUCCUCGGCCGCAGCCUGGAGGUGCAGAGAAGUUAUAACCUCAAGAUCAUCUACAACGCCCUCAUCGAGAACGAACUGCUGGGCUUCUUCCGCAGCUCCUACGUCCUCCACGGCGAGAGAAGGUUUCUUGGUGUUACGCAGUUUUCUCCUACUCAUGCCAGAAAAGCCUUUCCUUGUUUUGAUGAGCCCAUCUACAAGGCCACUUUCAAAAUCAGCAUCAGGCAUCAAGCAACUUACUUAUCUUUGUCCAACAUGCCGGUUGAAACUUCUGUUUUUGAAGAAGAUGGAUGGGUUACAGAUCACUUUUCACAGACCCCUCUCAUGUCCACGUAUUACCUAGCUUGGGCAGUGUGCAAUUUUACAUACCGUGAAACUGUCACCAAGAGCGGAGUAGUUGUGCGGUUAUAUGCAAGGCCUGAUGCAAUCCGAAGAGGAUCGGGCGACUAUGCUCUAAAUAUUACAAGAAGACUCAUUGAAUUUUAUGAAGAUUAUUUUAAAGUGCCAUAUUCCCUGCCAAAAUUAGAUCUGUUAGCUGUGCCUAAGCAUCCAUAUGCUGCUAUGGAGAACUGGGGACUGAGUGUUUUUGUGGAGCAAAGGAUACUGCUAGAUCCAAGCAUUUCUUCUAUAUCAUACCUACUGGAUGUCACCAUGGUCAUUGUACAUGAGCUCUGUCAUCAGUGGUUUGGUGAUCUUGUGACUCCAGUUUGGUGGGAGGAUGUGUGGUUGAAAGAAGGUUUUGCUCACUAUUUUGAAUUUGUUGGGACAGACUACCUCUACCCAGGGUGGAACAUGGAAAAGCAGAGAUUUCUGACAGAUGUCCUACAUGAAGUGAUGUUGCUGGAUGGUUUGGCCAGUUCACAUCCGGUAUCCCAGGAGGUGCAGCAAGCCACAGACAUUGACAGGGUGUUUGACUGGAUUGCCUAUAAAAAGGGUGCAGCUCUAAUUCGAAUGUUGGCUAACUUUAUGGGUCACUCUGUGUUUCAGAUGGGCUUACAAGACUAUUUAACCAUUCACAAGUAUGGUAAUGCAGCCAGAAAUGAUCUCUGGAACACACUGUCAAAGGCUUUAAAUAGGGUUGGAAAAUCUGUAAAUAUCCAAGAAGUAAUGGAUCAAUGGACACUACAGAUGGGUUAUCCUGUUAUCACUAUCUUGGGAAAUGAAACUGCGGACAAUGUCAUAGUGAUCUCCCAAGCGCGUUUUGUUUAUGAUAGUGAUGCUAAACCCAAGGAUCCUGCCCUUGGAGACAACAGCUACUUGUGGCAGAUUCCAUUAACAAUUGCAGUAGGAAAUACGAGCCACAUCUCAUCAGAGGCAAUUAUAUGGGUGUCUAACAAAUCAGAACACCACAGAAUUCCUGCUUUGGAAGAGGCAAGUUGGUUGCUGGGUAACAUCAACCAGACUGGCUACUUUAGAGUUAAUUAUGAUAUUAGGAAUUGGAGGCUGCUAAUUAAUCAGCUAAGAAGGAACCAUGAGGUUAUCUCUGUCAGUAAUCGAGCAGGUUUGAUCGAUGAUGCAUUCAAUCUAGCCAGAGCGGGUUAUUUGCCUCAAAAUAUUCCUUUGGAGAUUAUUGGAUACCUUUCAGAGGAGAAGGAUUUUCUGCCUUGGCAUGCUGCCAGCCGAGCUCUUUAUCCUCUAGAUAAAUUGCUGGACCGCACAGAAAACUACAACAUCUUCAAUGAGUAUGUUUUAAGACAAGUUGCAUCAAUGUAUCUCAAGCUUGGAUGGCCAACAAAUAAUAUAAACAAAUCGCUUGUGCAAGCAUCCUACCAACAUGAAGAGUUGCAUCGGGAAGUUAUCAUGUUGGCAUGCAGCUUCGGUAACAAACACUGUCAUCAGCAAGCUGCAACGUUAAUCUCAGAUUGGAUUUCUAGCAAUAGGAACCGAAUCCCACUCAAUGUGAGAGACAUUGUCUACUGUACAGGAGUUUCACUGAUGGAUGAAGAUGUAUGGGAGUUCAUUUGGAUGAAAUUUCAUUCCACCACAGCAGUGUCUGAGAAGAAAAUAUUAUUAGAAGCCUUAACAUGCAGUGAUGACAGAAACUUGCUCAACAGGCUUUUGAAUUUGUCUCUCAACUCUGAAGUUGUCCUGGAUCAGGAUGCAAUUGAUGUGAUAAUCCACGUAGCUCGAAAUCCACAUGGAAGAGAUCUUGCUUGGAAGUUUUUCAGAGAAAAAUGGAAAAUAUUAAAUGCUAGGUACGGCGAAGCAUUAUUUAUGAAUUCAAAGCUUAUCAGUGGGGUCACAGAAUUCCUCAAUACCGAAGAAGAACUAAGAGAGCUAAAGAACUUCAUAAAGAGUUAUGAAGAGGGAGCUGCUGCCUCUUUCUCUCGCGCCGUGGAAACAGUGGAAGCCAAUGUGCGGUGGCAAAGACUUUAUAAGGAGGAACUAUUCCAGUGGCUAAGAAAAUCCUUGACACACUAAUCUGUCUUUCCAGCUGACCAUUUAACAUGAAGCUCUGCCAGAGGAAGAGGAGACAGUUCAGAAGCGUUCAACAUUUAAAUAAUGAAGACAAGAUCAGAUUGCAGGGAGAAGGGGGUAUUUUUUUUUUUUUUCAAUUGUGGGAUUUUUUUUUUUACACUGGGCUCUUGUGAAAUUGUCAAGAAGCUUUUCAGAAGAGAAGACCAUGAACGCUUGUGAAAUCCAGUCCUCAGUGUACACAGCCAAACAUGAUAUUAAGUGGUGCAUGUAAAUGUUGAAGAAAAACAAACAAAAAAACCCUCCAAAGACUAUUUUGUGCAUGCUUGUACCGUCCCUGCCUGUAUUCUAGCAUGCUUAUGUAUAACAGCCGCAUUUUGUAUGUGAGUUCAAGUUACAUCAAAGAUGGGCAUUAUACAAAGCACAAAGACUAUCUACGACAAUCAGUGUUGCAAUGAACAAAAGGAAAGAAAGGAAAAGGAAAUGCAGAAAUACAGAAGGCUUCCAACUUGGGGCAGUGUGAGAUGUAAAGUCAGCUUUCCCACUAGCUGCCAAUUAGUCUACCACUCAGAUUGUCUCUUAAUGAUUACAAGAUGCCAGCUCAUUUCUUGAGUUGCCAGUUGUUGUAUCUGCAGUCUCCAUGUUCCCGUCUUUAAAUAAGCAGCAUCAAGAGCAAGGAAAGAGAGAAAAGGAGGGAGGGGCGGAGAGAGAAAAUGAGAAUGAGAAAGAAAGACAUCAUCUAUGCAUUAUAAUUUUAUACAUUCAUUUGCUUCUGAACAGUGGAACAGUGUGGGUUUAGUUGUGAAGGUAUGCAGUGUUAAUCCAUGAACCACCUCUUCUCAGCAACUUUACAAGGCAGUGGUAUUCACAGUGGGUCACCCAACCUGUGCAGUAGUAAGUUUUGCAGCUGAUAGCGCACAAGUGUUAUAAACAAACACAGGAUUCAAAUGGCAAUUAGCAAACAGAGAGAAUACCUUGCGUGCAAAGACAUAAAAUUAACCAAGAGGGCUGUCUUGCAUGUGGUAGACCAGCCCCUGUAGUGAUUUAUUAUGAUAGGCAGGUCAGGUUCUCCUUGUGGGCAAUACUUCUGCAAAUAGGGAUGUACAAUUUAUGCCAAUCUAGAAAAGUGAAAUAUGGAGAAAGAGAGGGGUAUGUGUGCGUGGGUGUGUGUUUAUUUAUACUGGGUAAUACCAAGAACAUGGGGGUUUUUUCUGUUUCCUUAUAUUUCACAUAGACUGUUCUAGAUGACUGAUACUUUUCUUAAUCAUAUGUUUGGGUUUUUUUUUCUCAGUCCUUAAUCAGAAAGAUGAGUGAUACAGUAGAACUGCUACUUGUACAAUGACCAUCUGCACCAUUGGUGCUAAGUGUUGAGGAUAAAACUGAUGGAGGCCAAAUACUCUCCCAUGUUUACACCAUGGAGAAAAAAAAAUCACAAAACUACAGAGAGGUUUCAGGUGGCAGAUUGCAGCAGCUUCAGAGGGGGAAUGUAGGUGUACGACCGUGUUUCUUUAUGCCAUCCCAGCCUAUCACAGCCAUCUGACCACAUCAUCCCAUGGUACAUUGGGAAUAUGUGGCCAGCCAAAGUAGAAAACAGCCAUUUUAUCUGGUGGUUUCCUUCACAGGGUGUGGAAGUUACCAGCAUGCUUUACAGUUGCAUUUGCUGAUCCCCAGUAAGUUGUGAAUUGAAACAUUAGUGCAAAAAGAACCAAACCCAAGCAUCUUCAGAUAUCAGAGUUGUGUGGAGAUGCUGUUAUUUUCUGGGCUCUCAUUCCCAUGGUAUUCUGCUCCUCAAGAACUGGCAGACACAUCCCAUAACUAAGCUGCCAUACCCAUCUCGAGUCUGUCAUUUUGUGUCUUUUAAUGUGCAGAGAGUGCUGUGUGUGGAUGAAAUCCUUGAGUGGGCAUUUGCUCCACUGUUUGGUGCUGUGUAGCACCACAUUAUCCUGGCCACGUAACCAAAAGAAGAGGGAAUCCUGUGCUCUUGUACUGUUAACUCUUUGCCUUAUAGUAAGCCCUAAACCUUUGUACUACGUUGCAAUGCUAGUGAACCUAAUGCCCAGAAACAUUAUCAUGUCCAAGUUGAGUGCAAUCCUCCUCCUCCUAUGUAUUUUACCUACCUCACAGGGAUGUUGUGAGGCUUGACUAAUGUUAGCAAAGCACUUGAAUAUCCUCUGAUGAAAGGCGUUUAAAAGUGCACAGUAUUAUUUUACGUGGUUGACCAAACUCAACCUCAAUGCCAGUAUGUAGCGUCACAUUUUCAAUUUCUACUGAACAAAAUCUCAUGCAGAUUUGUUAUAAUAAAAAAGCAAGCCAAAUAUUUAAUAUAACCUCUACUCUGUAAUGAAGGCCAAAAUCGUGAUAUCCAAAGAGUGUGCAGAAAACCAAGCCCUCAAACGUGAAUUACUUUGAGAAUUUCAGAGAAAGGAAGUGUGUGUCUGUCCCUUUGCAAUUUUAUUCAAGAUUGUCUUUGACGUCUUCUCUUUUUCAGCACCACAGAUUGAACCAUGUACCUCCAGGAUGCACACAGAAGUUUCUGGGCUUUUCACUGAUAAAGGGCAGGCUAACAAUAUGUUCCAAAGUCAAAAGAUUAUUUCAGCCUGUGUAUUCUGCACAGUGCACAGAAAUUUCCACUGUUGCUCAUUUGAAUUGAAGUUCUUGUACAUUUAGCUGGUGUUGGAUGUAAAUUAAUAUUUUAGUGGCCUUGAGCAACAGGUCUACCACAGGUAUCAAGCCCUAAAUGUAUCUGUUAUACUUACCUGUUGAAGUAUUGCUUACAAUUGUUGUAUUCUAGUAAUGUCAGUAUUACUGCUAUAGCUAAGGUUGAGCUGGCCUUUCCAUUAUACUUCCUUAUUCUUUUUUUUUAUAUUUUGUAUUUUGCUGUUUCACACUGCAUCAGGAUUAAAUUUAAAUGGAUUGAAUCCAACAAAACUAUAGUUGUUUUCUACAAUAUUCAACCCCCUACUUUUAAUAAUAUGUCUUUAGAAACUUUUUUUAAUUAGAAGUUCCACACAGCUCUGUGUUGAAGAAUAGUUGAUGCCUCAUGGAAAACUCUAAUACAGUCUGCUUAGAAAAAUCUAUUUAUCAUAUUGAUUUUCUUUCUCCUUUACCAGUCCAUUUCUGCCUUUGUCCUUAUCUAAAGAUGGGCCCCAUUUUUAUAAUUUGGAUUGUGAUUAGGAAGCUGAAUACCCCAAACUUUUCAACAUUUUCAAAUCUAGGAUUUAAUUCUGUCCUUUCCAGUGAGAGAGGAGAUGCUGCAAAAUGUGAAUCCAGUGUGGAUGUGGGCCUCACCCAGGCCCUGGGCAUCAUUUUAUAGAGAUAUGGUGAGGCCUGUAUCUCUAACCAGCCUUUGUGUGUAUCAGGAUCAGUUAUUAAUUGAUAUGGCUUACUAAAUCAUACAGGAAGACAUAUGAAUAGACAUGAUUUUAUGCCAGCAUAACAAUAUACCUGUUUUAAAAACAGCUAUCGUAUUUUUAUAACAUUGUCCACUACAAAAAUGUCAGCCUCUUACUUUGUGGCUGGUAGAAUUAUUCAUGUAUCCACUGCUGAUAGCUGUUAAAAUUAUAGUAGCUACUAAUUGUGACUAUGGCAGAACAAUGUGAAAACAUUCUUCUGAAAUGAAGAGUCAGUUCUGCUAUUACUGGGAGUACUUGGACAUUGAUUUUGAUUAAAAAAAAAACCCAAACUUCAUAUAUCCUUGGGUACAUCCAAAUUUGUGACUUUUGAUCAUCUUUUCAGUGAAUAUAGCAAGAAUUCCAACACUAUGUUGGAAACUGAAGAUGAAUUUUGUGUAGCUUUUGGGCUGCUGUGGAUAUUUCACUGAGCUUUGGAAAAAAUCUGCGCUAUUCAAACAAAAUAUCUCCACUGAUGCAGAAGGGUGCUUUCACAGGAAGAAUCCUGAACCAUACAAUUAAAUCUUUAGUAGUAAAGAAUAAAAAGAGAAAAUUAGUUUUUAUAUAUAUAAUAUUUAUCUAUAUAUUCAUGUGAAAAAUCCUCCAUACAGAUAAUUUUCCCCUAAAAUGUCAGUAAGUCUGAUUAUUUUGGAUAGAAGAAAGUAAGGCCGAUAUUUGCAGAUGAGGAUGCCUUUGUUUAGAUACCUGCAUAAUAAAGUGUUGGUUUUCCACAUGAUUGUAGCCGAUAGUGAAGUCAAUGAAAAUAGACUUUGAGUCAAAUGUGCAACCUUCUCUUUGAGGUAAAGGGAUGUGGCUUAGAAAGCUGUUUACAUAUAUAUAGUUACCUUACAACCACUUCUGCUAUGAGCACCCACCGUAUUGGGCUCCCUGUCCUAAGCAGGAUUUAUCACCACAGUGUCAGUAUGAGUGUGAAGGAAUAAAAGGACUGUCCUGCUUCUGAGCAGCCUGAAUAGAGGCUGUUUGCCCUGUGCUGGAUGAAGCAGGCCAAAAACUGCUGGCUGCAUCAUCCGCAGCUGCCGCCAGCUAGCCCGGGUCAGGGAGACAGCUGGGAACCACUGAAGUGCAGAGAGGCUCCAUCCAAGUUUCUCUCAGCUAGACGGGAGGGACAGAAGGUCCCUUUGCCUGUUACAGGUUGUGGGUGAUCUUUAGAGGUUAGUGUCAUUGCCUUGUGCGGGCAGGAAACAAAGUGAGCCUGCAUUGCACAGAAAGACCUAAAUCCCUGAGUGCAGUUCACCCUAACUGUUGACUGAAAUCUUUGUCUAGAAUAUUAAAAUCCAUGUUCUUCAGAAGUAAUUUCAAAUGGUCAAAUAUUUUGAUUUUUCAGUGCAUAAAAGCACAGACAGUCUUUAUGGUUGUGCUGGUUUUGGCUGUUAAUGCUGAAAAUGUGCCAUGAGUUUCUCAGGCCUUUUUCUAAUGAAGGGUUUGGAAGGAUUAAUACUAGUAAUAGUAGUCACUGCACUAAUACCAUAAAAAAUUUCAGAUGCCUGUGCAAACCUGUAUGGCACUACUGUCUGUGCAGUUCCCUUUUUGCAUACAAAACUGCAAAAAAUUGGCCACUCUGUUUCUCGUGCAACUCUGGAAACUUCUGCCUCUCUUAAAACCAAUACUGAAACCCAGUGAAACCACUCUGACUUGAGCAAGUAGUCCAUGCUGACAUGAGUAAUUUAGCCUUCAAUGAGAAGGAAGGAGAAAGGGACUGCUUUGUGUAAGGAUUUUUCACCAAAGUAAGGCCACGUGCCCUUGUUGGAGCAGAAUUUUAAAAUCAAGUAUAUUUUGAAGAAGCUGGUUGAACUUAGCCCCAUCUUGUGUCUUUAUGCUGAAGGCAGAGGGUAGUUCAACCUCAGAGUAACCCCACAGGAUAAUGCAUUUGCGGUUGGAUUUUAUAAAACAGGUGUGGAGUUGGUUUCAUUGAGAUGCAUUUAUGGAGAAUCACCCACAAGAGCAAGUGCUGUGGGUCAGACCCAGUGUCCUUUCUCAGAAAAAUUGCAUUUAUACUUGGCUGAUUUGUAACUAGUGAAGUAAGUGCGACUUUGCCAAGCAGCAUUUCUGAAUGCUUUGCUUAUUUUACGCGCACUGUUUCCUAAGGAUAUCAAAGCGACGUUGGUAGAGAACACGGAGAUGAGCAGCGCCGUGAGAGCAGAGGGGGCUGUGCUGCAGCAGGCAGUCACGAGCCAGGAGGCCUUAGCCAGAGUGCCCCAACGUUUCCUGGACAGCAUCGCUUGGAUUUGCCUGAUAAGGAUAGCCUUGGUACAGCGGAUGAGGCCAAGAGCCAAGAUGCAGUCUCAGUUCUCAGCGAUAUAUUUCAGUCCGCUUAAUAUGUUCAUUUCUCUAAUUGCAAAGUAACCUGUAGCCAAACUGACAACACGUGUGUGGCCGCAGAUCCUCCGCUGGUGCAUGGUGAGGUAGAUCCGUUGAAGUGACUGAUGUGAAUUGCAGCUGAGGAUCUAACCCAUUGCUUCCAAAACAGCCCCCUGAGGUGAUGCCCGGGCUGGUGUACAGGACGUUUCACGUAUUUGUAUCUAUGUUUCAGUAGCACAUAUUGGAUGACGAAUGUUUUUUUGUUUUCCUUUUGCUUUUUGUUAGAAUAACACUUUGCGAUCAGUUCAAAUUUGAUAAAGCUUUAUAAUAUGUUUGGAGAACUGCAGAAUACUGUACUGUGGAAAGUGUGGCUGCUACCCUUCCUGCAAACAGUAGAUUUCCGCAGAGAUGGACUUCCCUGGGCUUAGACACUCUGUGAAAAGAAUAUUCUGACAGUUUCUAAUGGAAACAUCAUUGUAAUUACUGUAUAACUACCCUGUACAAAGACAGCUUUAUUAUAUGUGUAAAUGUAAUUUUGCUAUGUUGUUUUUAUGUUUCAGGGACAGUAGGCUUUGGUGUGGGUGAGACGUAUAGCCUUAUAAAAACAGAGAUUGUAGCUCCCUGUCUGAUGUUUUACUGAAAGGUGUUCAGUUGCUCUAUUUUUGCAGAAGAUAAGCAUAAGCCAUUUCCCUGAAAACUUAUGAUCAAUUCCACUACACAUGCGUCAAUGGCACAAAUGGAUCAUACUAUUGAAAAAUAAAGGCUUGGUAAUAAAUUGCAUUAUUUUCCCAAGAGACUCCACAUAUGAGAUCUUUUGACACCUUAAGAAGAAAGAAGUCAUCCUGCAGCUAUUAAUGCUGGUUAUAAUGGAUGAGUCCCUCUAUUAAUUCUGUCUCAGCCUUAGAUUAAUUCUGAAUACUGUAAUUAGAAGAACAUAUUUUUCCAUCACUCCUCAAAUCUGAACUCUUCGGAAUUCAGUUCUUUCUCAAGUAAGAGGUGGAGCUGGUUCAGUUUAGAUACAGGUCACCAAUGGUUUCACACAAACCCGUAUUUGCGAGAUCAGAAUGCCAUUUCGUUUAAAGGAAAUAUAGGUCAUUGCAUAAUGUCACAGUUCUCUCUCUAUGUGCCAUAUAUACAUGCAUGUAUAGCUUCUAAUUCUGGACAUUUUGCUUCAACAAAGCUUUCAUUGGUUAUGUGUAUUUACAGACCUUACUCAAAAGUUUCAGCUCAGCAAAGCAGUUGGACGUAGGCAGGAUGUGAGGCUGCGUUGACCACGACUCAACUACGUAUAGAGUAUACAUAUACUGGAGGCAGUCCCACAGGUUUCUGUGGGAUUACUCAUGCGCUUCAAGUUAAUGUAUCAAAUCAUGCAUAUGGCUGAAACAGUCUUUCUGGAAAGUUAUUUGGGUUGAAGCCUGUUUCUGCACAGGUUUCAGGUGCAGGAUGUGGCGAUGUGUUUUUGCUGAAUUUAAAAUCACAUCUUACUUUAUAUAGAGCCAACUGCUCUUCUCUCUUUUCUUUUUUUAUAGAAAAGCAUAUAUUUUGCAUAUAAAGCAGCAGUAUUAACUGAUUCUCAGUAUAUCUAAAAAUGCCAAAUUUAUCAAAGUUUUUCGUUUAUUGUUUAAAGCAUCCUAGGAUUUGGGAAUAAAGGCAGAAUUACUCUUACAAUGUUAAUUAAUGACUAUAGAACUAAUCAGCAAUUUAAACCAAUAGCCAAAUAAAAUAUAUGAAUUUCUGUUACAGUUUACUGGAAAAGUGUUUUUUCUAUGAUAUGCCUUUAAAAACGACUCCAUAAAUAUGGGACCACUAUGUGUUCAACAUAACAUUUUUAUUCCACUCUAACUAAGGACUGACUAAAUGGAUUUUUUUUUUUAAAUGAGAAACUUUAUCUUCUGUAUUUUAAGCAGAACAAAUUUGAAUUUUGUCUCUGAUAAUAAAAUUUUGUAUAGUAAUGUGUAA